CGUGUGAAGAAAAUCCAUCUGACCCCAUGGGAUCUCACGCGUCUUCGUUUUUGUUAUCCUCAAAGAGCUGCGAAGGUGGUUUUGGUGUGAAAUUUGAUCACGCCGUAGCUAAAACCAUCACGGUUAGUGAUCUGGUUAAGUCCGGUUUUGUCGAUGGUUUAUUCGGUUCCUUAUUCUUCCCUGCGACCGGAUUCAAGAACUACCAAGGUGUGUCAAACCCUUUACUUAUGGUUCAAGUAACUGAGCUAAAAGAUGGGAUUUUUCUAAGUUAUGGUUAUAAUCAUACCGUUGCUGACGGGAAAUCGAUAUGGAUGUUUAUCAACAAAUGGUCAGAGAUUUGUUCGAUUGAUACUGAAUCCAAAUCCAUGGAAAUUUCCUCGUCUCUUCGAGGUUGGUUUCUCGAUGCGAUCGAGUAUCCAAUCCACAUUCCAGAUCCUGAAAUAAAACCAUCUAGUAACGGUGCUUCAACAACAACAACGAACAUUUUUCAAGAGAUUGUGUUUCAUCUUACAAAGGAGAAUGUUUUGAAACUGAAAGAGAAACCCAACAACGAGGCUGGAAUCGAAGAUGGAAAGAUCUCUUCCCUUCAAGCGGUUUUAGGACAUAUAUGGCGUUCAAGGGUCAAAAACAGUGACAUGCGCAGAGAAGAAGAGACACAUUGUAGAGUACCAAUUGAUAUGAGAGAAAGGCUAAACACAAAGCUAAAGGCAGAGUGUUUUGGGAAUGUGAUUCAGACAGGGAUAGCUAUAGUUAACGUUGGGGAGCUGCUGGACCAUGGGCUGGGUUGGUUGGCUAUGCAAAUAAACAAAAUGGUGAGGUUACAAACCGAUGAAAACGCCAAAACAUUUGCAGAGAAUUGGGUUAAGAAUGUUGAGAUUCCAGUUGCGGUUAGCGGCAAUCUACUUGUUACUAGCUGUCCCCGGUUCAAUGUGUAUGGAAACGAUUUCGGGUGGGGUAAACCGAUCGGUUCACGUUCUGGACCACCAUUUAGCGAUGGGAAACUUGUGGUUUUCCAAGGGGUUGAAGAAGGAGGAUUUGAAUUUCAAGCUUGUUUUCCUCGAGAUGUUGUGGUAAACCUAAUCAAGGAUGCUGAGUUCUUGGAGUAUGUGGAUAUUGCUUCAUGAUUUGGUCAACAAUUUACACGGUUGAUGUGUUUUGUCUUGUGACUUUUUACUGUGUGUAACAUUAUCAAAACUAUGUUUUAACUAUUGAAAUCUUUGGUAAACGGUAACACCAGUUUAA